GGGGAAAGUGAAAUCCCAAUCUGGCCACACUUUAAUGUUGUUUUGUUUUGACUCCCAAGUGGGGAUAAUUUGGAUGAAUUGUGCUCCUGUUCCUGCUUCCGUUACUGAUCCUAAUCAGACUAAUCUGCUCGUCGUUCUGCCCGCGUCGGUUAAGUGAACGUAAACAAAUGUGAAAAGAGACGUCGCCAGACGCAGGAGGAGCAGAAUCCGAGAAUCCGUCGCCGUUGCACCCCCGCAAACAAAUAUUCUGGGCACAAAAGAUGGGCACCAAGGAGUCCAAGCACUCAAACAGCAUCAGCUACGAGGAUUCGGUGAAGCGCGUAAGCGAUGCGGAGUUGCGACGUCUGAGAGAUGCCUUCAAGAAGUCAGCGGGCGUGGGGCGGCUCUUCCUCAGCCGGAAUGCUUUCCAGCAGGAUGUGCUCUGCGAGGGAGUGCCGCCGAAGAUCACGGACAUGCUGUAUGCCGCCUGUGGUGGCACUCAGCGGGGUAUUUCCUUUAAGGAUCUGCUCUGCGGCCUGGUGCUAAUCACACGAGGAACCCAGGAGGAGAAGACCAAAUUCCUUUGGAACCUCUACUGCAACGAUGCAGGCACCUAUAUUAUAAGAUCGGAAUAUGUACGCAAUGUGAACCUGGCUCCCUUUGAGAGCGUCUCCCUGUUCGCCCAGGGCGAACGAGUCAAUUUCGAGCAGUUUCAGGACUGGAUUAUCAAGCACCGCAAUGCCACAGUCCUUUCCAACUGGCUUUUGGCCGACAAUUGUGUGAGUCUUACCUCAGAGCUAGAGACGCCAACGUUCUACCAGAGCCUGGCUGGAGUAACGCACCUGGAGGAGAAGGACAUAGGCGAUUUGGAGAAGGAGUUCUGGCGUCUUAAAAACACUUCGCAGAAUGGACAAAUCGAUCUGCAAUUCCUGGGCCCCCUGAUAAGUCCACCAAUACCAAAAAACGCCCUGGCGGGUCUGUUCAAUGCCUUCGAUGAGAAUCGCGAUGGUCACAUAGACUUUAAGGAGCUGUGCUGUGGCGUCAGUGCCGCCUGCCGUGGACCUGGGGUGGAGAGGACGAGAUUUUGCUUCAAGAUCUUUGAUGUGGACCGCGAUGGCGUGCUCAGCCACGAGGAGACCCUGCAGAUGAUUAAUGUUUUGCUGCUGGUGGCCAAGGAGAACCGCGAUGCGCAGCAGUACAAGGAGCUGACCAAGCAGCAUGUAAUCAGCGAUUUACUAGAAUUUGGCCAGCGUCGCAGUCCCGAUGGUGAACCCAGCAAGUUGACCCGCGACAAUGUCUCCCUAACCGCCGAGGACUUUAUGCUGUGGAAUGUUCAAUGUGAUCUUCGCCUCAUGCAACCCCUGCUGGACCUCAUCUUCGAGCUGUGCCACAUAGUCUUUGGCCUUUGGCCGCAAUGCAAGCACAUGGAGAAUGAUAUUGUCCGGGGUUGGCUGCGACGCGAGGAACGCAGGCCCUAUCGUGUAGGUCAGUUCUGGUACUUGAUCACCCGCGACUGGUGGCUUGGCUGGACGCAGUACACCCAGCACACGGCACACACCUGCGACUACUGCAAGCGCUCACCCGCCAGUCAGCGAACCGCCGUCGACGAGGCUCUCGUCUGCGAUGAGAGCUUUAAUACCCACAGCCUAGAGCAGCACGACAGCUACUCGCUGGGUUCUGGAACAGGCUCAGCCACCGGCUCUGGCUCGGCCAGCAGUGGUAUCUCCGCGGGUCGCCACUGCGGUCCCGCGCGUCCAGGACCGAUUGAUAACAGCAACCUGAUCACAGCCAAUCCGUACAGGAAUGUGAGGACUCUCACCGGCGAGGGAGGUCACCUUAAAAGGGACACGCCGUUGGUGCAGAGUCACGACUUUGAGCUGGUGCCCAAAUCCCUGUGGAAGGCAUUGAAUCGAUGGUAUGGCGACAACCUGCCAUUGCCACGUCAGGUCAUUCAACCGCCCAACUCGGAGGUGGAACUGGAGCUGUACCCGCUGAAUCUGCGUAUCCUGUUGCACCAGGCUCAACCCUCUCAGAUGGGCGCCGGAGGAGGAGGAUCGGGCGCCCAGCUAGGCAGCUGGGGCUCCACAGUAAGCGGUGGCUAUGGGGUCCUGGCCUCCGGCGGAGGCUAUGCAGCAAUAGCAGCCAGCAGCGUGCUGCAACCGCCAAAGAGAUAUCUGGCCUACACAGCGGCCUUCAGCCGAUUGGCCACAGUGCGCCAGGUGGGCGAGUUUCUGUGCGAGCAGCUGCGUCUCAAAGCGGAGGACAUACGGCUGUGGCAUGUGCCCCAGCAGGAAAAUGGUGCCAUAUUACUCCUGGAGGAAGAUGCCAUGUGCCUAAAGGAACUUCUUAUACGGGACAAUGAUCAGCUUUUGCUGGAGAUACGCAACAAGGAUCUCACCUGGCCCGAGGAACUGGGCUCGCUGGCCUCAGCCCAGAGUGGCCAGGGAGCCUGCGGAACCCCAGGAGAUCGACGUCGCAUGACCCGAAGCUCUAUAAUGUCAGUACAUGCACCGGGAGCCACGGGCCUGCACAACCUGGGCAACACUUGCUUCAUGAAUGCAGCUCUCCAGGUGCUUUUCAACACCCAACCUCUAGCGCAGUACUUCCAGCGGGAGAUGCAUCGCUUUGAGCUGAACGCAGCCAACAAGCUGGGCACCCGGGGACAGCUGGCCAUGCGCUAUGCUGAGCUCCUCAAGGAGGUGUGGACGGCCACGACGCGUUCGGUGGCGCCGCUUAAGCUGCGUUUCUGCGUUAAUAAGCACGCGCCGCAGUUUGCCGGCGGCGGUCAGCAUGAUUCCCAGGAGCUGCUCGAGUGGCUGUUGGAUGCUUUGCACGAGGAUCUUAAUCGUGUGAUGGAGAAGCCAUACAGCGAGCUGAAGGACUCCAAUGGAAGGCCCGACAAGCUAGUGGCCGCCGAGGCCUGGUCACAGCACCAUGCUCGCAAUCAGUCCAUAAUUAUCGAUCUGUUUUACGGCCAGCUCAAGUCCAAGGUCAGCUGCCUGAGUUGUGGCCAUGAGUCUGUGCGCUUCGAUCCCUUCAGCCUGCUCAGUCUGCCGCUGCCAGUGGAGAACUAUGUGUACCUGGAGGUGUUGGUUAUCCUCCUGGAUGGCAGCGUGCCUAUAAAGUACGGCUUCCGUCUUAACUCGGAGUGCAAGUAUUCGCACAUGAAGCACAAGCUGGCCAAGCUCUGCUCGCUGCAGCCGAACUUGAUGCUGGUCUGCGAGCUGUGGAACUCCCAGAUACGCCAGGUGCUGGCGGACGAGGAGAAGUUGAGAAUGCAGAGCGCCAAAGAGCUGUAUGUCUACCAGCUGCCCGAGCAGAGCAUUCGAACGCGCUCCAACUCUGGGCUUAGCAUGCACAUUGAGCAAGGACUCAAGGAUAUACAGCGUAGCUCGGCUCUCAUGACAGCCCAGGACACAUCGCUGUCCUCGCUGAGCACUAUACAGACCUCCACCAGCCAACGUGCCUCAUCCCGCGUCCUCUGCAAUGGCCAUGCCAUGGGUCUAGAGGCAGUUGAGGCGGACCACAGCCUUGGCAAUGCCAAUAAUUUCAGCGGUAAUGGAUGUGGUGACAACCAAGUGCACGAGCUGCUGCCAGAUGAGGCCGGAAAGGUAAGCCGGUGCUUUGGAAAGAGAGAGUGCAUGCCCCACAGCCUAUUCUGCUUCAAGGAGUCGCUCAUCCUAAGCUCCAGUCCGGAGAACAAUUUUAUGCAAGGCAAUGCAGCUGCCCAGCAGAAGCGAGUGUCCGCCGCCAAGCUGCUGCACACGGAGAGCAACACCAGCUCCAUUUCCUACACCAAUCACUCCGGAGAGAACUCCAUGGAGAGCUCGCUGACGGAGCCCAUUCCAAUGGCAGUUGACCUGGCGCCUGCGAGCAGCCGGCAUGGCAGUGGCAGCGAUGACGGAUCCUAUCGGACAUCACCCAACGAUUCCAGUGGUUUAAGCUCAACGGCGAACACACUGGGCGCCAGCCUCGAAGCGGAUGUGGACGAGCAGGCGGAGGAGGGCAACGAAGAGGAGCCGGAUCAACCGGAUCAGAUAACAACCUCACAGCCGGAGACCAGCAGCGGUGUCUACUCGCGCCGCUCCUCGCAGCCCCACAAGCCGGGCAAGUAUCUGGUGGCGGUGCACCGCAAGAUCACUCGGCACGACAGCUACUUCCUCUCCUACCACAAGACGCGACCUAGCCUGUUUGGUGUGCCGCUGCUUAUACCCAACAACGAGGGAGGGACCCACAAGGACCUAUACUGCGCCGUGUGGCUGCAGGUGAGCAGGUUGCUCAGUCCCCUGCCCGCCACCACAGAGCAGGCUAAUCAUGCCGCCGAUUGCGAUGACAGCUUGGGCUACGACUUUCCCUUCACGCUGCGUGCGGUCAAGGCGGACGGUCUGACCUGUGCCAUCUGCCCGUGGUCCAGUUUUUGUCGCGGCUGUGAGAUUCGCUGCAACAAUGACUAUGUGCUUCAGGGAGCCCUGCCGCCCAUCAGCAAUGCCGUGUCCAGUACUUCAACGACGCCUAAAAUGAAUGCUAAAUUCCCAUCGCUACCAAAUCUGGAGACAAAGCGCACCACGCCGGAGUACACCGCCUCGUUGUCGUAUACUCCCACAACCAAAUAUUUCGAAGACUUUACCAUUGCCAUUGACUGGGAUCCCACAGCCGUGCAUUUACGCUAUCAGAGCACCUUGGAGCGGCUGUGGGUGGAUCACGAGACCAUUGCCAUAAGUCGGCGGGAACAGGUGGAGCCCGUGGACUUGAAUCACUGCCUGCGCGCCUUCACCUCGGAGGAGCAGCUGGAGCAGUGGUAUCACUGCAGUCAUUGCAAGGGCAAAAAGCCGGCCACAAAGAAGCUGCAAAUAUGGAAAUUGCCACCAAUUUUGAUUGUUCACUUGAAGCGCUUUAACUGCGUCAACGGCAAGUGGGUCAAGUCUCAGAAAGUGGUACACUUUCCCUUCGAUGACUUUGAUCCCACGCCAUAUCUGGCCUCUGUGCCCCAGGAGACGAUAUUGCGGCACAAGGAGCUACUAGAACUUAAAACGGACGAAGGAGAUGUGAUGACACAGACGCUGCCGAGUAAUGAAGUUGUCAGCGAGCUGGACGAAAUCGAGGCAGCCACCAAGGAGGAGCUGGAAACGCAGGCGAAGCCCAUCUCUGCUGGGAAUAAUAUUCUGCGGCAGAGUAAAACCAGCAAUGCAGCAAGGCGACGACAACGCCUCAUCUCCACGAGUCUCACGAAAACGCCCAUAGUGGACGGGGAGUUUGAGGAUUAUCACCAGCAUCGACUCAAGCCGGAGGUGGAUGAGUUUGAUCCCAAGUACAGGCUCUAUGCCGUGGUGUCUCACUCGGGCAUGCUGAAUGGUGGCCACUACAUUUCCUAUGCAGCCAAUGGAACUGGUUCCUGGUAUUGCUACAACGACAGCUCUUGCCGCGAAAUAUCACAGAAGCCACCAGUCAUCGAUCCCAGUGCCGCCUAUCUCCUGUUUUACGAGCGCAAGGGUCUGGACUACGAACCGUAUUUACCCAACAUUGAGGGUCGAGCGCUGCCCAAUGCCGCCAGCAGUCUGCAGCUUGAGGUGGACGAGACCGAGGGCGAGCUAAAGAAGCUGUGCUCAAUUUCCUAACUGAUGAUGAUAAUCGUGGAUCAUCAUCAUCCUGGCUAUGAAGGACUAUAUUAUAUAUAUAUAUAUUCCCUCUAUUCUCCUAAAGAUAUUGUUCUAAAGUUUUGUGCUUUUGUGCGUUUUGUUAUUUACUAUUUUAAGCUCAGUUUUGGAAAUAUUUGCUGCUAUUAUGUAUGCUAUUAUUUAGUCGCCUAAUUAUUGUAGUCUUAAGCCUUAAUUCUACCUUCUUUGCCAGAGCAUGUACCAUAAUAUUGAAGUCCAGCUUGUGUAAAUACUUUAUAUGUUUAUUUUCAGUUAUUUCCCCUCUUGUUUUGCCCCUUGUUUUUGUUGUAUAUAAUUGUAUAAUUUAGAAUGUGCGUAUUGUAUUAGGCGCUCUCGCAGUGCCACAGCUAUUCCAUGUAAUUUGUAAUUUUAAAUUGGUAAUUGUUUAAUUUGUUUGUUUUUUUUUUCGUUGUGUGUAAAUAGAUGUUGUAAACAGUUUCUGAUAUUAAUCACACGGAUCAGCAAUAUAUAUAUCAAGACGUUGCACGAAUUUCAUCGCAGACUCAUUACACGAUUAUCGAUUGUGAAGCGAAACAAGUAUUGCAGUUAUGUCUACUGAUUAUGUAUUUGAUAUUUACAAAUAUAUAUACACACCCCACAGAUAUAUAUAUAUACAGAACUUGACUAAUUUAUAUUAAUAUACAUACAUGGAACAUGAUGAUAUAUUCGAAACGAAACGAAAAGCUAUGAAUAAAACGCAACUUUUAUCGCUUAAACCAAA